ACAUUAAACUACUACUUUUUGGUUAGCAAAAGAAAAAACGCAGUGCAUUUUUAAAUGUUAUAUUGAUUAGUGAACUUAAAUAAAAUGCAUAAGAAACCGUCCCAUCUUUUACAAUUACGCUACUCUCAUUCACUAUCAUAGGUAUCAAUAAAUUAAUUUACUAGUGCUACAUAAAGAGCCCCAGCCCUUUACCAGAGAUAUCAAUAAAAAUAUUUAGUCAAACUUAACUAGAGAUCAAAACCAAAUAGUAUGAGUUUAAGCGUUGAUCUCAAGGAUCUGGACGUGUUAACAUCGAACGCAAAGCAAAUACAAGAUGAUGUAUUGAAGGAGAUACUCACACUUAACGCCAACACAGAGUAUCUCCAACGCUUCCUCCAUGGAAGUUUUGAUAAAGAUUUGUUCAAGAAGAACGUACCGGUGGUGAGCUACGAUGAUGUCAAGCCUUAUAUCGAACGUGUUGCGAACGGAGAGCCCUCGGAUGUGAUCUCGGGCGGACCCAUAACUAGAUUCCUCCGAAGCUCCGGAACUACAGGAGGGAAAGAAAAGAUAUUUCCAAUCAACGAUAAGUACAUUGAAACGCUGGGAUACCUUACGGCUCUAUCGUCUCUCGUUACUUCCAAGCAUUUCAAUGACAAGGAUGCCAAGAAAGGAAAGAAAAUGAUGUUUCUUUAUAAUAAAUCGGAAUCCACAACACCCUCCGGAUUACUUGUUGCUCUAGCGUCUACAAGCAUUGUAAUGAGCCCUUAUUUUACUAACCGGCCAUCAAAAUGUAAUUCUGAUUUCACAAGUCCCGACCAAGUCAUAUUGUGCCCCGACAACAACCAAAGUGUGUAUUGUCAUCUUCUAUGUGGGCUUUCCCGAAGAGAUGAGGUUGUGGGAGUUGGUUCUUCCUUUGCUUAUGCUUUGGUCCAAGCAAUCAAUGUUCUUCAAAUUUACUGGAAAGAAUUGUCUAGUAAUAUCAGAUCAGGUCAUGUUAGCAAGUGGAUCACUGACCUUAAUUGCAGAAACUCAGUCUCAGCCAUUCUUGGAGGACCUAAUACUGAACUGGCUGAUGUGAUUGAAAAAGAAUGCAGCAACAAGUCUUGGGAAGGUAUCAUCUCACGACUUUGGCCCAAAGCCAAAUAUUUUGAAUGCAUUAUUACCGGACAAAUGGCCCAAUACAUUCCAACAUUGGAGUUUUAUUCCAACAAACUUCCUAUAGUUUCCACGAUAUAUGGGUCUUCUGAAAGUUUGUUUGGGGUAAAUGUGGAUCCUUUAUCCAAACCACAAGAUGUAUCCUAUACAUUUUUGCCGAACAUCUCCUACUUUGAGUUUCUACCUGUUGAUCAUGGGGGAGAUAUGGCCAGCAUUGUUGAUCUUGUGGAUGUCAAGUUAGGGUGCUACUAUGAACCUGUGAUCACUAAUUAUUUUGGUCUACACAGAUAUCUUAUUGGAGAUAUUCUAGAGGUGACUGGAUUUUACAAUAGCACACCUCAGUUCAGAUUUGUACGCAGAAAGAAUAUGGUUUUAAGCGUCGAGAUUGAAGAAACAACUGAAGAGGAUAUUUUAAAGGCGUCCGCUCUUGCCACCCUUGUCCUUGAUCAGUCUACAAAUCUAAUGUUGACGGGAUUCACAUGCUAUGCUGAUAUAUCCACUUUUCCAGGUCAUUACGUUUUUUAUUGGGAACUCAAAACUAAAGAUGUUAACUAUGUUGUUGAGCUUGACGUAAAUGUAUUGGCGGAAUGUUGCUAUGCGUUAGAGGAAUCAUUUGAUGUUUUUUAUAGAAAACUUAGAAGUAAAGAUGGAUUAAUUGGAGCUCUCGAGAUAAGAGUGGUGCAGGAGGGAACAUUUGAUUCUCUCAUGGAGUAUUUCAUCUCCCAAGGUGGUUCGAUUGGUCAAUACAAGACACCUAUGUGUAUCAAAUCUUCCGAAGCCUUGGCAGUUCUUGAAAAUAAGGUUCUUGCUCGAUUCUACAGCAAAAAAUUUCCUCCUCUGGACUUAUAGUUUUUUUUGUGUGUGUUUAAAUGCUUUGAAGAAAGGGUACUCAAGUUGUCUGUGCGCCUACUGGUAAUGUUUGCAAUUUAUAAUAACGGAAAUGUGUGACAUGCAAUGUAAUUUGGAAACUUUAGAGAAACAUUUUCACAACUAGCACCACAAUGUGUUAUUUUUCUUAUCAAAUCUUGCAAUCUUUGUACUU